CGCAUUCGCACUCAGUUGUGUUGACGUCGGAGGCAGGGCAGAAGCAGCUGAUGGGUACACUCGUCACCCUUACCAGUCAGUUGGAAAGAACGCCUUAAAAAGAAAGAAUUAAAGUAAGUUAGCCAUAAUGUUUGGCAAUUUGAAAAGCAAGCUUGGAGAUGUGACAGAUUUGAAGAAGUUGUCAUCACCUCAGGCAUUAACAUCAGCAGCUGGUGGCUCUCGACAGCGUUCAUCACAGCACACGCCAGGAUCCCUUACACCCAGAUCUCGACAUUCUCGACAGGCAUCCACUGCAUCACUACAGGGACUUGGCUUGCCUAUAUCACCACCACAUUCUCCAUCAGAUCAAAAUGGUUCUUUAAAUAGUCAUGAUCGGACACAAGAACUUGAGCGCGAAAUCUUAAAAUUAAGAUCUACUUUAGAAACACAACAAGAUGUGGCAUUAGAACGACUGAAUACAAAAGAGCAAGAAUGGAAAGCAAAAUUACAAGAGGAACGUGAUAAAUUGAGUGUGAUAAUGGGUGACCUGGAAGCUGCAUCAGAGCGGGAAAAGAGGCUCCAGGAGCAGUUAGAAAGUAAUGCUGCCAACAAGAAACUCUCAACAACACAGCUUAAUGAAGCACAAGCAAGGAUUAAAGGUAAGUUGCACGUGGUAUCUGCAUGAUCACUGUAGGUGUCUGGGUCAUACAGGUUACAGAUUUCCUUUACAAUAGGAUUUGGGAAUACCUGGGUGAAGGAGAAAAGAUCAACACUACUAGACCUUCCUAAAUGGUGCGCCUAAACUUGGUAAAAGCUUAAAGACAUUUCAGCAAGCUGUUUAUUCACUCUGAUAUAUUAUGUAAUGCUUUGCUUAUGUGUUGUUGAUUUUCUUGGUGGUGGAAAAGUCUCCUCUCUUUGAUUUUACAAUUAGUAAAAGUGUGUGGGUGUGGGAGUGUGUGUGUGGGGGUUUCCUCUUGAGGAGACAAUUUAAUAUGCAAGAUUGUCCUUAGGGAGUCAAGCCAAAUGGAAGUAAUAGAUGAUAGCCUCUCAGGGACUUUUUUGGUUGGACAGGAAGCCCUGCCAACUGUACUCUAUGUUCUGAUGUAAGAACCUGUUACAAGUUAAAUCAAGCUGAGACUACGGGGGAUAAAAGUUCAUAUUGGGGUGCUUUAUAACAGAACUGGCAAUAUAAGGCCUUUGAAGAUGCAUAGUUUGGUCUUUCUGUACGGGUAUUCUUUAUCAAGAAAGCUAAUCAAACCUGUCUUGGUUAAUAUACCUGUUGAUGUCCUGAUCUUAUAGCCCAGAGUCAUGAACUACAUUAACCCACUGCAUUUGUAUGCUUCACUACCAUCACAUGGCUCAAAAUACGGGCAUCAGGCCUACAUAAGCUGCCACUGUGAUGGAUGUGUGGCUUGUAGGCCGAGUGCACGCAAGCACAUGUGUGCAGUGACAAGACUCCAUGCCUCCCCUUUACAAUGUUAUUUUCUCUUUUUAUGCAUAAGCAUUUUAAGCUUUUUUGCUGUUUUCCAAUAUUUGUUAUUUGUUUUUCUUUAUCUAGUUGAUAAUAAAAUGUUUCCUUGCACAGACUUCAUAUCAUCACUGUAGGUAGUCUAUAAUGAUAUUCUAUUUUUUGUAAUACAAUCUGUGCCAUCGGUCACUGCGAGCAAGAAUAGGGUCCUGAGGAUGGAAAUAGCAUCCUCCCUGGAGCCAUCCCUCUCCCAGUCAUAGCUCCUAGACGGUACAUUCCACACUCAUUUAUUGAUGGAAAUAAUCUAAAAGCCCAUUUCUAAAAUGCUUAGUCUCCUCCAACAGCUUUGUGUGCUCAUGGCAAGACAUUUCUGUCACCCUGGCCUUUGGCCAAAAUGCUCACGAUGGCAAGUUCAUGUCAACCCAGCCAACAGCCAAAUUUUUAUCCAUGACAGCAUGUUCACAUCAACCACCCCUUGAGCCAGCUUUUUUCCUUGUGUAAUAGUCAUGUCAUCCAGAUUGGUUUAAGAGAUGUAAAAUUUUGUGUGACGUUUUCAAUUUAAUCGUGGUCUUGAUAUGAGAGAUCACGUCACCUAACUGAUAAAUUUAUCAAGAGCUACCAGUACUCAGAUAUGAUGGCAACAUGAUUAGCAAAGUCAAGAUUGUUGAUGUUACCCAAUGUUCCUCACAUUGACUAUCAUCCAGUCCAUUCAAUUGUUGAAAUGCAUUAGUAAAUUCAUAAGGAGAAGUUAGAUAUGCCCUUACCACACUUUCAGUAGCUGUGUAUCAAUCCAAUAACCUUUGUCAGAACUCCUCUGAGUCUCAGAAUCUUCCAGGAUUAUUCAUGAUACACUAAGACAAAUGGAUUCGGUAAGGCUACACAACAAAACCCAUGAGAGGACUCUACAGUGACUUGAAGUGAGAGGAUCAAUCAUAUUUUGGAUUUGCCAGAAGCUAAUCCAGAUAGAUCAGGGCUCUAGUGCUUCUGUAGGUGGUUUGUGAUACAUCUUAAUCCAACCACC